CUAGUCGCAGUCAACGCAGUCUGGCUGAAACAUGGUGUUCACGUGUUGUCUACGAAAUAGCCUUGGAUUUCUCUCGUUCAGGAAUGUAGAAUACUCGAUAACAUUACGAAUCCAGAGCAGAUCCAUCUCAACAGUUGAAAGGACAUCUGGACCUCAGCAACAGGGAAAACUGAAAACUAGUUAUUUGAGUGGGCCCCGCGAUAUCCCACUGAUAAAGCUAACCUUGGGACAGCUACUACAACAAGCUGCGGACAGAUUUGGAGACCGGACAGCAGCCGUUUUUAUCCAUCAAGAUAUCAGAAAAACUUUUCAUCAAGUGUUGGUUGAUGCGGAUAAAGCUGCUGCUGGGUUACGCUCAUUGGGUUUGAAGCGCGGCGAUAGGAUCGGCAUUUGGGGUCCUAAUUCUUACGAAUGGAUUUUGACACAAUGGGCGGCGGCAAGAAUAGGAUCAAUACUUGUAAAUAUUAAUCCGGCAUAUCAAACUGAAGAACUGCGCUAUGCAUUAGAAAAAGUUGGUGUUAAGGCUUUGGUCGUGGCUAAACAUUUCCGUAACACAAAUCUCAUGGACAUUUUAAGCCAACUGGUACCUCAAUUGGACCAUAAUCGAAACACAAAUCAACUUGAGGACACUAAAAAACUUAUAGUUUCUAGCUCUCUGAUACCAACGCUAGAACGAGUGAUUGUUAUGUCCGAUGAACAUCAAAACAAUGGAGCUCUACGUUGGCAGGAUUUGAUGGAAUUGGCCACUUCAGACUUAGUUGCUGAAAUUCAUAAUCUCCAACGAGAGAUCGAGAUUGAUGAACCGGCUAAUAUUCAGUUCACUUCGGGAACGACAGGAAACCCAAAAGGUGCAACACUUUCCCACAAAAAUAUUGUCAAUAACGCGUAUCUUGUCGGACUGCGACUGAACUACGACAAAAUGGCACAUAAAAUUUGUGUUCCGGUACCACUGUACCAUUGCGCAGGAUGUGUUGUUGGGGUAUUGACAGCGGCUUCACAUGGAGCUACGUGCAUUUUCCCGAGUCCCGUCUUCAGUGCACGAGAAGCCGUCAAAGCUGUUCAUCACGAAAGAUGUACAGCUUUGUACGGGACUCCGACCAUGUACGUUGACAUUCUUAACCUGCCUGAUCUUAAGCAAUACGACCUGAAAAGCCUAUCGACAGGUAUUAUGGCUGGGGCACCAUGUCCAGAAGAAAUAGCCAAAGGAACCGUUAACGACUUGAACAUGAAAGAUUUUGCGAUUUUAUACGGAAUGACCGAAUGCAGCCCAACUACAUUUAUGACACUACCCAGCGAUAGCUUUGAUUUGCGCUGUUCUACAGUCGGUUAUCCCUGCGAGCACGUCGAGGUUAAAAUCGUUGACCCACAAACAAACGCAAUUGUCCCUGUCAACACCCCAGGAGAAAUCUGCACAAGAGGCUACAAUACUAUGUUAGGCUAUUGGAAUCAACCGGAUAAAACGAGAGAAAUCAUCAGCGAGGAUGGGUGGAUUCGAUCCGGUGAUUUAGGUGUCUUAAACGAAGAUGGGUACGGCAAAAUUGUUGGGAGGAUUAAAGAUAUGAUUAUCCGAGGGGGAGAAAACGUAUAUCCCCGUGAAAUAGAAGAGAUUUUGCAUGCACAUCCUUCCGUGCAAGAGGCGCAAGUGGUUGGGGUUCCCGAUGAAAGACUAGGUGAAGAAAUUUGUGCCUGGAUUCGCUGCAAGCCUCAAACUAAUUUGGAUUCUCUUGAAUUGAAGAGAUUCUGUUUAGAAAAGAUGGCCUAUUUUAAAGUUCCCAAAUAUUGGAUGUUUAAGGACAAAUUUCCUCUAACUGUGACAGGGAAAGUAAAGAAAUUUGAGAUAAGAAACAUAUCCAUCCAAGAAUUGGGGCUUUAGUAACAUUCCUUCUGAAGAACAGAAAUUACAAAGAUAAAUGAAAAAUUUAUAUGAUUAUUACCACAGUGGGAACCAAUUUCUGACAAAUCUCUAUAUAGUCUCAUCUUUAAUUUUCAACCUCUACUAAUUGAACUAUGCAAAUACAUGAAAGAUAAGUC